CUAUGAGUGAAAACUAAAAUCAUACAAAACUGGAUCAACACUGGGAAGACGAAGAUGAAGCUCUACCAGCAACUGACGAGCACUUAAAUAUUGCCGAGUCUCAAUUACGGCAUAUGUUAGCUUUUAUACGACAAGAAGCAUGUGAAAAAAUAAAUGAAAUAGAAACCAGAACUGAAGAAGAUUUUAGCCUUGCAAAAGGAAAGUAUGUACAAAAUGAACGUUUAAAAAUAAUGCAACGUUAUAAAAAAGAGGAAAAGAAGGAAUUGGUUGCACAAAAAAGGGAAUUAUCUAGACUUGAAAAUGCAAGUCGAUUAAAAGUAUUAUUUAGAUGUCGUGAAAUUGUCGAUGAUAUUAUUGAAGAAGCCAGACGAAAUCUAUCACAAUUUUCACAUCAUGGCACUGAAGUUUAUCAAAAAAUGUUAAAAUCACUUAUUUUAGAAGGAAUUUUAAUGAUUCUGGAAUCACAGGUGAUAUUAACCAUACGUGCAAAAGAUAAAACCUUUGUAAAUAGUAUACUAGAUGAAUGUGUUAAAACAUAUGUAGAAGAAACGGGAAAACCAUUGGAGCUACGUUUAGAUAAACGAUUUUAUUUAAAUGAAAAUGAAAAUGGUGGUGUAAAAUUACGGGAUAGAAGAAGUCGUUUAAUUAUUGACAAUACAUUAAAUACACGAUUUAAUCUAAUUAUUACGAAAAUGCAACCACAUAUACGUGCAACAUUAUUUGGUCAAGAUACUCGAAUUAUUAGUGUAUCGAAUUUUCGGGAUUAG